AUGAAGACACUUUGGAAAAGGCCAUCUCAGAACUUAAGGAAAAAGAAGCCUCUGUGGAUAAAGAAAUAG